UUGAUAAAAUUCAUAAACUUUAGAAGAAAAAUCCGCAAAUAUUCCAGAAAAAAUUCUCAAACUUUAGUACUUUGAAUAUGUUUCAAGCAGCAAAGUACUACAAUGCUCGUGCAGGAUCCGUGCGCCUUAUUGAUCAGAAUAACUAUACUUACACCAAGGAGAAGGAAAUCGGAGCAAAAACAUACUGGACUUGUUCAAAGUACAGGGAUAAGGCAAUACAAUAUUGCUGAUUAUUACGAGGAAGGAGUAUUAAAGUUUACAGAGUCAAUGACUGAGGAUGAGUCUUGGGGAGAAUAUGAGGACGAGAUAAAUGAAUUCAUACACUAUCUAGAGAAGACCUGGAUUGGCCGAAUAUUGGGACGAAGUAAUGCCAGACAAUCACCCAUGUUUAAGUAUGAAAUGUGGUCUAUACAUGUAGAUAUUUUGGAUGGUUCCAAGUUUACAUCUAAUUCUGUUGAAGCAUGGAACAAUGCAUGGAAUUCCUCAUUGGAAAAAAAUGCAUCAGUAUGGAAAGUUGUCCAAGGGUUCCGUCGAGAGGAUGGUAUUGUCAAGGGUAAGCUCAGGGACAUUAUGUUUGGUAACCUACCCUCAGAGGAUGCCAGAAGCAGAGCUGGAGGAAGGAAAUCUAGAGAUUCUCAAGUGCAAACCUUUCUUGGUCACUUGGACAAUAAUAAUAGAUUUGAGAACCUAAAACAUUUAGCCGGGUUCCUACUUGGCAAUGUUCCAGUUCUAUAGAUGUAGCUUAUGUAUAAACUUAUCUGUGUAUAAUCUUUAUGUAAUUGGUACAUUAGUAAUUGUAUAAUUAGAUUAAAUAUAUAUAUUGUUUAUUUUUUUA